CUUAAGGAAGCGAAGAAGAGAAGUGUUACCGUUUGAAAGAAUUCUAAGGAGUUCCCAAUUUAUCUAAAGAGAUUCAGAUAGUUUUUUUUUUUGUUUAAUACUGUUUAGUUAAUAUUCUUGAAGAGAUUGAUGUUCGUCAAAAUAUUUAUUUUUUAUUUUCAUAAGUUAUCUUUUAUUUAUCUUUUAUACUUGUCAAGAAUAUUGUCGUAUGUGAUAUAAAAAAAUAGUAGUCACAAAUGUGUUCUUUCUUGAAAAAGACCCCAUUAGUUAAAAUAUAAUUCGACUAACAAAUAAAUAGUGACCAAUGUUGUUGCAAUAGAAAUAAUAACUUUGUCACAAAAAAUUGAAUUUGUGUCAAUAACACUAUUACGAAAACCUCCUUUUAUCACAAAAAAAUCGUCAGAAGUGUGACUCAUUUGUGACAACCUAAAUCGGUGACCUUAAAAUACAUUUAGUGACAGGAAUAGCUUGUCAUAAGUGUAUAAUACUGUUUAGUUAAUAUUCGACUAACAAAUAAAUAGUGACCAAUGUUGUUGCAAUAGAAAUAAUAACUUUGUCACAAAAAUUUAAAUUUGUGUCAAUAACACUGUUACCAAAACCUCCUUUUAUCACAAAAAAAUCGUCAGAAGUGUGACUCAUGUGUGACAACCUAAAUCGGCGAGCGUUAAAAUACAUUUAGUGACAGGAAUAGCUUGUCGUAAGUGUAUAAUAUUUGUUACAAGUUAAAGUUGUCACGAUUGAAUAUGUUUUAUGAGAUGAAAAAAUCGGUCACAAAUAAAGCAUAUACGUGUAUGUUAUACUAGUAAAAAAAGUGUUGCCCAAAGUGGUGUUGCAUAUGGGUAUCCAUAUGCAACACAUAUUUUUGUUGUUGCAAAAAUUAAAAGAAAUGUUGCAUAUUACUUUAUACAACACCACCUAUAGAGGACACUACUAAAAAUGUUGCAUAUUGUAUAGGCAACACUUUAGGCACUUCUUGCAACACAUUUGAAGUGUUGCCAAAAGCCACUUUGCGCAAAGCGAUUUUCGGAGGGGUAAAUAUCGAAAGGUUGAGUCUUCUUGCUUGGAGAGCUGAAUGAUGGGUUAUUUAGUUUCUUUGAGAGUAAUGUGUGAUCUCUUAACAUCAGUUCAUAUGGUUGAUCUUCUAGGUUGACUUUUGAGAUGAUUAAAGAUAAAUAGCUAUACUUUUUGUUGCUUUUGUUAUGAUACCCCUGUUUAGUAUCAUCAUUUUUCCAAUUUGAAAUGUUUUAUGUGGUUAGUUUUCAGUAAACAAUGACUAUUCUUAUUAGUGUUAACAUAGGGAAUAGCUUCAAUCAUACCACUUUUACACAAAAUUUAUAUGUAAGAGUUGAGAUCAUUUCCAAAUUAAACUAUUCAAGCUAUAAUGCUAAUCUUCAUCAUAUAAAACAUGGUUUCUUUUGAGUGGAAUAACAUCAUGAUUGCAUAUAAGUUAUUACAAUAUGAUGUUUUGUGACAGUGUCACUUGCUUCUAGAUUUAAAAGUGGUGUUUUAAUUACUACAAUAUAAAAAAUACGAGUGAUAACCAUAAUUGGAGCAGAUAGAAGAUGGUUUGAUAUCAUUCUCUCUGCAUGGAAUAAAUACAUUGUGAGAAUAUGUUGUCAUGGGAAGGACAAACCGAACUCUUUGUGUUUUUAGUAUAGCAUGUUGAUAUAUACGCAUGUCUAGACCCGAUCGAUUGGACAUCUCCACCUGGAAUUUAUUGAAGGGAUUUUUGCUCCUCAAAGUCGGGUGCCAAGUAAGCUCUCUCCUUAAUCAUUAUAUUUUUCUUAAUUUGCACAUGCACACCCUCAUAGGAAAUAUGUACGGAAUUGUAAUUUGGGUGCUUCAUUAGUGUUGUCUUGUUUCCAUAAGAUUGUAUUAUCUGAGGUGGUUUGUUCUAGAAUUGUGAAUCGUGAUUUUAUCUCCUCUAAGAAAUUGUCAAGUGAAGCUAUAAAAGAGGUCAACCUGAGCUUCCUAUUUAAUUUAGAUGGUAAGAGAGCAAUGACUUACAUCAAAUUGAUUGGGGGUUGACAAUGUUUGGGAAACGGUUUAGCCUUCUUCAGCGCAUCACAAGAUCCUUAUAGUAUCUCAACCAAAGCAAUUUUUGUUUUCAUGCAUGAUGUUGAUACAAGUUGCUUACCUAGAAGAUAACCCCAACAAGUUAGCUCUUGGAGUUGUGAUGCGAAAAUGGGUGAGACAGAAAUGGUUUAUACAAAAGGUCAUACAAUGAUCGUAUAAAAUACGUUGGUAGAGAUAGUCAUCAAUCUCAUUUUAUUGCAGAAGCCACAGAGGAGAAGAGAGGAAUCGCCAUUGGUACUCUAAAUAUUACAAGACUAUUAUAAUGAUCAUUUCUUUCAUUUCAUGUAAAUUUGUAUUAUUACUGAAGUGAUAUUAUCCCAAGCCAUAAAUUGCAGCAAGGAAUGGUAGUUUGAAUUAAUGUGCAAUGAUGCAAAAUGUCAUGUAGCUUCCACGAAAAAGGAGUAAGAGUGGACCAAUCAGUGUGUUUGCUGUAGAGAAGGAUAAGAAUCGUAAUAAUGGGGAGGUAUAUUGACAGAAGUUAUUAUCUAUUGGUGCUUCCAGACAUAUAUUGCUUGCCUGUUUCUUUUUGUAUUGGGGUAUUUGAAAGGUGCGAUAUUAGGUCACACAUUAGCAUAUUCUUUAUUUAGCCCCCGCCUCUACGUCACCAAUUGGAAGCUCAAGUUGAUGAAAGACGGCAUGCUUUUCCCCACUCGAGUUAGAGCGUGGGCAGGCUCUUGCUGCUCCACCUCCCGCGGGUGUUUGUCGUAGACAUCAAGAACACCAAGAUGGUUGUUGUCCCUCAAAAGGGCAUUCUUGUUUGCUUUGAUGGAGCUAGGCGGCCAGCUCUAGGAGGAGGAAUUGAAUUUGUAGGCUUCUCUUCUUCUAGUACUAUUCUAUUUGCAUUUGGCAAAUACUAUCCAGAUAUGACAAACCCUUUCCUCAUAGAACUUCUAGCUCACUGUCAUAUGAUAUUCGAUGGUGCCUAACUCAUGGUUUUUAUGUGGUUAAUUUUUGUGGGUGACUGUCAAUUUCUUGUUCAACUCUGGCAGCACUGGCCACAAAACAUGCAUUGGGAGUCGCUCUAUUUGAGGAAGUUCUACAAACUCUUUUUUUUUUUUUUUUUGUCUUUUGGACAUUAAUUUUGCUUGUACUUUUAUUCCGCGUCACCUUAAUAGGCUAGCCCAUUUAGUGGUGAACCACAACCUCUCAUUAGCAGUUUGACUAUUUGUCGACGGUCGACGGUCGCGACCGGUUAAAGCUAACUUUUGUCACUUCUAACUUCUAAACUGUCUAUGAAAAUGGAAAAAAAUUGAAGCAAAAGUUGGAUAUUCUUGUUACGGUGAGAAAAAAGCCCAAUGGACUCAAAACUGAUCUCUAAUGAUGGCCCAGACUUGGAAUUACCACAGUCCAUAACUUAUACAAAGACGAUCAUGUCAUUCCUUCCUCAGUUCCUCCCCAAAAAUCAAAAUCGAAAUCCCUAGAAGAGAAGAUCAGUAGGCGAGCCGUCGACUGUGGGGCGUGAUUCAUCCACCGGUCAUCCAUGGAUUCCUUCGGCGAUGACGAAUUCCCAGAAUUGACCUAUUAUGAAGGCACCUACUGCGACAGCUGCCGGAAAAUGGCCAAGACGGAGAUGAAAGAAGAGUACGACGACGCGGAUUACAUUUACAAGGGCGAAGAUUUUGGUGGCGAUAACACGCUAAAGCUACGGAUGAUCCACUACAGGAGGAACUUGAGGGUGAAUGGUCGUUUUUAUGCUGAUUGCCCUCCAGAUUAUAUGAACGUCGGUGCGCAACCACACGCUCGAUACCAUUUUAAAUGCGAGCCGGGCUUUGAUGAGACCGUUGAAGACUGCGCCAAGUUCGCGGUCGAGACAUUUAAUGAAGAGCGGGGCACUGAGAUGGAGCUCCGUGAGAUUGAGAAUGUCUCUGUUGAAGGUGUUAUUAACAGGGCAAUCUAUAUGAUUCUUCGUUGCUGCAAUGUUGGUAAGCGGAAACGGAAAUCCGAGGGGAGUGACAUUAGUGCUUUUGAGAAGAGUUACAGAGUUGUGGUUUCCUGUUGCUGGUGGAGAAAGGCGUACAAGGAAGUUUUGGUCUUCAAGGACAGCCAUGGGAACAAUUUGUUGGAGCCCACUCGGCCCUUCGACGAGCGCACAACGCCAAAGCAGCGCCGCCCUCCUCCCAUUGAACAUGAUGCCUGAAAGCUGAUGUUAGCACAGUGGAGCAUCACUAAUUGGGAUGGGUAACUUAGAAAAAAAAUUGGGGGAGGAGAGAACAAGGAUUUGAGAAUGAUAUAAUCAUUAGGGAGAGGGUUUGAAGAAACGCAGGAAAGAAGGGUCGGUCAAGAGAAGGGAGAAUUCGACUGCUACGGGAAAUAGAAGAUUACAGUUAAAAAAUAAUUCUUCUGUAUUUUUUAUUUUUUUGUGUACUCAACUCAUAAUUAUAGAAUAUAUAAGAUUAACAAAUUUUCUUAAACUACCCGUAAUUAACCCCUAUUACAAAAAUACCAAAUAUCCCCCAAAAUCCUCCAAAAAGUACUAAAAUAAUUCAACAAUAACAAAAGACCAUAAGCAUAAUAGAUAAUCCCAAACCCGAUAGAAACUAGGAGGUCGUUUGCUUGUAGGAUUCUGAAAAAUUAAGGAUUUGUGUAAAAGUAUGGAUUUUAUCAUAGAAAGAUUAUGUGAGAUUUUGUCAUUUUGUAUUUGUUUUGGAUUUGCAAAAGUGCUUGUUUACUUGUUGGAUUUUGUAUUGGAUUUAUGUCCUUGGAAUUGAUUAGUUAAAGGUUGAAUUUACAAUUUUGUCCUUAUUGACUACAACGUUGUAAGUUGCAGCAACUAUUUACAACAUAAAUUUGCAUCAUCUUACAUACAUUAAUGACUUCCAAACCCUACAAAUAAUAAUGAGGACAACAUCGGAAUAUUGGAAAUAUAUAAGGUUACUUUUGUCAUUUGUUUUCAUGGAUUGUGGCUCUCCUCGAAAUUCCAGUUAAAAAAGUAGGAUUUUAUAAUCUGUGGACCCCACGGAUUUUAAUCCCACUAUAAUCCCUUAUGCAUGGGUCCCACAAGAACUAAUCCAACACAAUUUUUGCAACAAACAUGGACUUUGUCCAUAAUCCCAUAAGUGUGGGUUUUUAACCCAAAAUUCUUCAUAAAAAUCCCAAUAGCAAACGGCCUCUAAGUUUAUAUCACUCUUUGUUGGAAGGGUUCUGAAGUUGUAGUCUAUGGGCCAUGUGAAACGCUGAAAUACAGUUGUGAUAACUAUGUGUCGGUUCAUUUGCGAUAGCUGGAGAUUCAUAAGCUAAAUGUACUGUUUUAGGGUUCUCGCGAGGAUUUAGUACGAUGUCCAAAAAUUGAACUACGUCAUGUUGGAAGUGAAACUUUGAAGUGAAGACACGAACUCGGCUGACUCAAAGUUGUGAAAGCAAUUUCCUUGAUUCUGUCGCAGAUAACUCCAACAUGUGUUUCAAGUUUCAACUUUUUCUCUGUUUUGUCUUCACUAUGAGUAUGACGUUGUUUUCUCGACGAAAUUGGUCAGGAUAGAGUUACAUUUCCCUGAUCACAAAUCUUUCGCCACUCCAUCGAUUAUUUUUAUAAUCAAUUGUCAGGGAAACCGUAUGGAAGAGAACGAUUGAAGGCGUGAUUAAUCACUCUCCUUAGAGUGUUAUUUGUCCCCACUACUUUGUUGCUGGUAGGAAUUAGGCAAACCACCCCCAGGAGUCCCUUCAACCAAAGUCUGAAAGCAGCAACCUUUCUGACUUCUGUGUUUUUGGAGAAGGAAAACGGAGAGAAGAAGAUGAACGUUGGAACAAAAACGUCGUUUCACAAAACUCAAAAUCAAAUAAUUAUCCGGAUUAAUUAAUUAAAAUAAUUCCGGUAAUUAAUUAGCCAAAAAUUCAAAUCCGAAUGCGUCGCGCAAACGUGCUAAGUGCUAAGUGCGAUUUAAUAUGUCCAAUUAAAUAGCCCACACUUUUUCCAAAAGCCCACUAACCACUUUAUCCAAUAACUAAAGUGGAAAGCAAACUUAAAAACAACUUGCACUUUCUUUCUCCCACCAAUGUGGUAUUUCCUUUACUCUUUGACUACUCUAACAUCAAUAUUUUAGCAGCGAUUUCUAAUAAGAAAAAUCAUAAUCCACC